GCGUGGGCUCGAGUCAGGCUCUCGGCUUGCAGCGGCUGGGUGGGCGGGUGAGCUCAUGGAGCCGCGUGGGGAGGGGACUCUUCAUUCCCCGGGGCUGGAGGCGAGGGGGAGCCGGUGUCUGCGCAGCAGCAACCUGCAGAGCAGAGGGGCUGGCGGCUUCCCUGCCGGGCAGAGGAUGAGCAAAGCCCCCGGCGGGCUGGAGCAGGAGGACUUUCCAGCUGGGACGGACCAUGAGCAAUGACUUGACUGCAUGGGACAACACGACCGAGAGCACAACAACAGUGCCCGGCGAGGUGAACACGCAAGAUGGGUAUGUGCUGCUCCUCGUGCUGCUCUCCAUCUUCAUCGGAGGGACCUUGGUCCUGCUGUCCGGGAUCCUGAUUAUCUGCCGCCGGUGCUGCGAGACGGACCGCAGGCACUCCAGAGCCAGUGAUGACCCUGAGAAAACCAACACCACGUACCUGGAUGACUCUCAGCCUCCGCAAGAGAUCACCAUCAAGGUGGACGACCCCGACUGCCUGUCGGCCUCCAGCUACCGGGAUGUGGAGACGGAGCGUUUCCUCUCGUCCAGCUCCUCCACCGGGCGCCGGGUCUCCUUCAACGAGGCCGCGCUCUUCGAGCAGAGCAAGAAGACCCAGGAGAAGGGGAGGAGGUACACGCUGACCGAGGGGGAUUUCCACCAUCUCAAGAACGCCCGGCUGACCCACCUCCACGUCCCGCCGCCCGCCCUGAGGAUCAUCACCAUCCACGAGUGCGAGUCGACCGAGAACAGCCUGGCCAUGUCGCCCCGCCUGCCCCCGGCCAAGCCCAGCCUCGCCAUCUUCCAGCCCCCGGGGGACACUCUGCCCCAGACCGCCCUGACCGCCCACGCCAUGUGCCCCAGUUCCGCCCUGCCUGGCGACACCUACAACUCCACCGUGGACACCAGCUUCGCCGAAGCCAGCCCAUCCAUCUCCUCCUCCUCUGGGGAGAGCCCUUCGUGUGAAGGGGCCGCCAGGAGUGGGACAGGCACCGGACCCGGGGAGCCCCCGCCACCCCCUGCCCAGGGCACCGUGCUGCAGUUCUUCACCCGCCUGCGGCGCCACGCCAGCCUCGAGGGCACCAGCCCCUAUUUCAGGAUCAAGAAGUGGAAGAUUGAGAGCAACCAGCGGGCAUCCAGCCUGGAAACCAGAGGCUCACCCAAGCGGCGUCAGUUCCAGAGGCAGCGGGCGGCGAGCGAGAGCAUGGAGCAGGAGGACAGAGACGCCCAUCAGACGGGCAUCAUCCAGUACAUUGCCCGGACAGACGACAUAGCCUUCCGCCCCCUGGCUGGGCCCUUCCUGCCAUCCCCCUCCAGCCCCCCACCCUCUCUCGGCAGGUUAGAGCCAGCAGAGGCGGGCGGGGGCAGCGUCCCCAAGGCGCCCAGCACGGAGCAGCAGACCAUCUACCACGACAUCUGGAGCCUGCGGGCCUCCCUGGAGCAGUGCGCCUCGUCCGAGCAGAGCAACGACCGGGACUCCGUGCGCAGCGACGGGGGCGACAGCGUCUGCUCGGCCGGGGGUGGCAUCCCCAGCUUCCCCUCUUCCCUGGAGGAAGCCGAGGGCCUGGACGAGUGGCCGUGGGCCCGGCCCAGGCAGGAGAGCGCGGAAGCAGAGCCGGGCACACGCAAGCUGCUGCAGAUGGACAGUGGCUACGCCUCCAUUGAGGCGCCGAGCCGGGCGGGUGAGGACGGGCAUCCCAAGGGCCAGACGGCCUCGGAGAAGCGCAUCUGUUUCACCAGCGCUGGACGCAAGGGCACCAUCUUCGAGAGCUUCGAGGGGCACGAGCCCGAGGAAGAGGAGGAGGAAGAGGGGGCGGUGGGGGGGCCGCUGCCCCACAGCCCCCUGGCCCGGUCCCCCUAUGGGCAGAUCUUCCUAGCCCGGGAUGCGCCGCCCCGGCGGGACUACAGCAUCGACGAGAAGACAGACGCCCUCUUCAACGCCUUCGUCCGUCACGACCCGCGGUUCGACGACUCGCCCCUGCGUGCCAAGCACCGCUCCCGCGCCCACCUGCGCAAGCAAUGGCAACGCUCCAAGCAGUACAGCGACCCUGGCGUGCGCUACCCCCCUGCCCUGGAGCGCCACCGGACCCCGCUGCGCCGGGGAGACAGCCUCAGCUACCCUCCGGACAGCCGCUACCACGGCCCCCUGCCCCGCAUCGUCAGCACCGAGGCGGCGGGCGAGGCCGGGGACGGCUCUGCCGUGCCCGACGCCGACGCCAAGAUCCAGGUGAUCGAGGAGGAGCCGUGCGAACUGGCUGGCGACCUCAAGCUGGCUUCCGAUCCCUACGACGAAGGCUGCCCUGGCAAUGGCCAGGGCCCAAACUGUGGCCCCCCACCCCUAGGGGCUGAGCUGAUGGACAAGAUCAUGGGGGGGCUCGAGGACAGGCUGUACGGGCACUUGAGAAAAUCGAGAGAGAGUCCGGAGUGUCUGGUGGCCGUGGCCUCUCCCGACCACAGCCCCGUCUAGGGGGCGGGAGAGCAGACCGAGCUCACUCAUCCACUGAGUCAGGCUUCAGGGCUUCAACCCCUUCCACAGCUGGCACUGCCACCACGUUCAGGGCAUUCGAACGGCGGCAGGGGGGUGUGGAUCUGCCCGGACAGACGUGCCCGGUUCGAGGGGAUCGGGCUCCGCCUGGACGUUCCCGUCACCUUGGAACGGUGCAGGGCAGAGGGCAGGCUCAGCCCGCCCUGUUUGAGUCUGGAGUGGGGGGUCUACUUGGAUGUACCCACUGCAUUCAAGGGCUUUGAGGGGCACAGAUCUGUACAGAGGUACCCGCCCAGGGGCGGGAUCCAGGGGGGCACAGAUCCACCCAGAUGUACCCGCCACAGGGUCCAGGGGGGCACAGAUCCUCCCAGACCCACCUGCAAUGUGGGUGGGUUCCAGGGGGCACAGAUCCACCCAGGCACACCUGUCACAAGGGCGGGGUCCUGGGGGGGAUCCCCAGUGAAGCAGCCCCUGCCCCCAUGCAGGCCUGGCAGCUGGAAGGGGUUGUUACAGAGGCGAGGAGUGUUUGCCAAAGCAGGCGACUCUUCCACGGCCAGGAGGUUGAUUUUAAGGGACUUGUACUAAUAACCCCCCAAACUCUUACCUCACGCCGUAGAGCUGUGUAGCACAUAUGACACCCCCCCCAGUCCUGGGGCAUGGCCCCCUCCCCUGCACACCCCACGCUCCCCACCCUCCUCUCUCUCUCUCUGAUUUUUUACAAGCAAUAACGUCUCUGUCCGGAAUCGUCCUCGCAAAGAAGGGAUCGGGGCUGGAUCCGCGGUGCUGGGAGUGGAGAUGGGCUAAGCCCCCCCGUCCCCGUCCCCCCCCGGAGCUGCCGGCCUUCCCCUCCUUUUGAUUUUGUCCACACUGAAGGAGGGGGAGGGCAGCUCCAAAAUUUCUCCCGGAUGGAGGCAUUGCUGGGGGCAGCAACGCAUUAAGGGGGUGGGGGAGGUUUGAGGCCUGGGAAAGCUGCUGCCCCCUUGUGCCAGUCACGUCCCUCUUCCCACCCUGGGGACAUCUCGACCCAGGGCAGGGCUCAUGGGCUCUUGGCUUGAAGCUCUGGUGCUGGGACCUACGGGACAGGGGGUACAUGGAGCAGCUAGAGAGGGGGCCCAGGAGAUGAUGGUCCAAAGGGGAGGAAGGAGCCGUGGGGUAGUUGGAUGGGAGGCCAGGUCCCAAGCAGAAUCAAGGGGCCAGCAGGAGAUGGUGGCAGGUGUCACUCACUUCCCUCCUGGGACUGAGACUGAACCAGGCCAGGGGCCGGACCGGGGGGGGGGAAGAGGGGGGACCGCACCAAAACCAGCGAGGAGCGAGGCUGAAGGAGGCUUGCUCUGCAGCUCUGCCCCCGGUACCCCCACACAGAGGGUAACCAGGGCCCCGGCUGGAAUGAGUGUCUGCCCCGGGCUGCGUCCCCUGGGUCGGGAAGUGGGGAGAAGCUGAGGCUUCCAACUGGACAGGCCCUUCAGCAACUGCUGCUAGAAAAAUCUCAUUCUCCAGGUGCCAAAUUGAGGGUGGGAUGGACACCCACACAGUGCCAUGGGGCGGGGGGGCGGCUCCUGGGACGGGCUGGAACUGGAGCCUAUCCCCAGGUAUCACUGUUUCCCGGGGGAGGUGGGGGGGGAGAAAUGCUUGCUCCCCAUCCCCCAAAAAACUAACUGGCUCCUCCUUUCUCCUUCCCUACAUUACUGGGCCCAAGUGGGAGAAGGGCCUGGAUCUAGCAUGCCUUGUGGGGGUGGUGGCAAGAUGGGGCAAAGGGGGAGUCCGAUCUCCUAACUCCCCUUCUCCCCCCAACAACUUUAUACCUGGAAAGCCAACACCCCCCCCUCCUGCUUCUCCUUGAACUGCUCUCCCCCCAAACCUGGCUCCCCCCAGUUCUCCCCCAGGGAGCAAAGCGAUGGGCUUUAUUUAUUAUUUAUUGAUUUUUAUAGAACUGGAUGGAUUUGCUGCUCCAUGGGGGGGCAGGUUCCGCUUUUUAUGGGGUUUUGUUCAUGUAUCAAAGGAUGAGAAGCAAAAAGCUUUGUUAUCCGAAAGACUCGGUCAGCGCAGGGGAGGGGGAGGGGCAGGGUGGGGUGUGGGGGAGGAGAUGCCAGCCACAUUCGUAUCCCGCCCCCUCCCCCAUUUUGGUGCUCUUGUCACCCCCGUUCCUGGCUGCGCUUCGACAUUUGCAUGUGAUCAAAGAGGCCGGGUCGUUCCUCUGCAGAGUCUGUCCAAAGCACUAACAUGAAACCACAACUCUGCCUUUUUCAACCUAUAAAGAAAGACCAAGUGUC